CUGCUUCAGUCUGGAGGAUCAGACCCCAUCAUACUACACAGACCAAAUCCAGUCAUAUCUACAAACACUACAGCAGACCCUGCUGUCACCAUGGACAUGAAACCUCUGCUACUCCUACUCUGUGUCGGUGGCUUCUGCACAGUCAGACUCAGCCGCCUCAGACAGUUCACCCUCAGUGAAACGAAGGUCAAUUCGACAGAAGCACAGACAAACUGCCAGAAGAACUAUUCGGAUCUAGUCACUGUGCACAACCAGGAGGACUAUGAGCAGCUGAUACAGUUAAUGACAUCUGACAAAAUCAAUCGUGCCUGGAUAGGUCUGCAUCGCACACAGCGCAGUCUGGUGUGGUCUAAUGGAGACCCUGUUAAUGACACUGCAUGGUCACCUCCUAAUUACACAAAUCCAAACUGUGUAGCAAUGUGGGAGAUAUGUUUUCAAGAGAAAAACGUCAUGUGCUAUAAAAAAGAAUCAUUCCACCUAAUCAAUGAAACAAAGACCUGGGAGCAGGCUCUGGACUACUGCAAUAAGAACUACCACGGACUGCUUAGGUUGGAGUCUGAAGCUGACCACAAGAUUGUUGAGCAGAAACUGAGUCGUAGUGUGAAACUUGUACCUGGUCCUGUGUGGGUGGGUCUAAGGCAGAGCCGUCUCUUUGGGUUUUGGCUCUGGACCAAUGGGAUGCCAGUGCAGUGGAGUAACUGGGAGGGGUACAGACAGCCUAAACAACCUCUUUCCAACCACUGUGGUGCCAUGGCAACGUGGAGGUCACGAUCGCCACGCUGGAAGGAUGAAUGUGACUAUACCAGCCAGAAUACAGCAUGAUAUUAUAGUAUGGAAACUUUAUAUGAACUUUGAACUCUUUGUCAAAGGACAAGGGAGAGCUCUGCUGGGCAACCCAGCCUUCCAGCUUCGACCAAUCUAUCGAAGCGCAGUUCAGAGUAAAUAUUUCUUUCAUUUUCCUUUUCCAAAUGGGCGGUUAUUUAGAAUGCAUAAGAUUAUGUAUUUACGAUAGCAUAGCUUCACAAGGUCCGAUAGAGACCCAAUCCUUUUGUUCCUCAG